AUGGAAAGACCCGUCGUUCAAACGCCUACACAAUCAGAUCAGUUCCAUGCACCAUCCGUGUCUUUCGAAGGUAUCUCUGAUGAUGGGCUAUUUGAAAAUACGCCGUCUAUGAUACACGAGCCCAACGGCAUCCAACCCUUCAGCGAAGGAGGAACAGAGCUGGAUAAUAUCUGGGAUUUCGACCUGGAUAUGAACUUCUUUCCGAGCCUGUUUGACCUCGACUCAGCGGCCGAGCGACCCGAUAGUCUCUGGCCGGCACCGAGAGAGCCUGAGCAGGUUGCGGCUAAGACCCUUGUACCUCCCACACCCUUGACACCCGCAGCAGUGGCUGAGAUUUAUAACUGCAGCCUUUCACCAACCCUGGAAGGAGAAGCCAUAGAACCACGGCAAUAUCAGCCAAGUUCUAUCAACAUUGACGCGCAGUUGUCAUUCCCCAAUAUGGAGCAUAUCUCCACAGACGAAGUGGAUCAAGAGAACCUGGCUCAUGUCCCUGAAGUCUCAAAUAUUGUUGUCGGUCAGAUGGCCCAAUUGGCAUUGACUAUCGAAACGACAUCAACUUUUCCAAGAUUUGUUGACUCAAGGUUGCCACCUGCCCCUAUAAUCAACGCUUGGGUGCAGCUCUACUUCGAACAUUUUCAUCCAAUCUUUCCUUUCCUGCAUAAGCCGUCCUUUGGUACUUCGGACACACAUUGGCUGCUCAUAUUUGCUGUUGGCGCCAUUGGGGCUCAAUUUUCUGAACUCCCCCAAUCGCAAGCCUGUUCAAGGGCUAUGAAUGAGAUGGUCCGACGGUCGACAUUAUAUCUGUGCGAAAAUCAUAAUCAAAAUGGCCGGGAACUCUGGCUGACACAGGUCAUCCUGCUCAAUCAAUUGGGCUUACGGUAUUCUGGCGAACGGAGGGCCCUCGAAAUUGCCGAACUGUUGCAAGCACUUCCUGUAACCCUAGCUCGUCGGAAACGAUUAUUCGCGAACUAUCUGCCUCGUCAAAGGGUAUUCCAUCUGGAUCUACCCCUGGAUCAGAAAUGGCAGCUCUGGACUCUUGACGAAGGGAGGCGGCGAACUGGCUUUGCCAUUUGGUUGAUGGAUUCGGCUUUUGAAACCGACUUUGACUUGUGCCGCGUGAUGGGAACCCAUGAAAUGCAAAUCUCCUUGCCGCAAGAGGAAAAGCCAUGGGCGGCAUCCAGCGCACAAGCCUGGGCUGGCUAUCCAGCUCGCAAGGGUGGUGUGCGACGCAAGCUGGGCUGCAACAUGGAAUAA